CUCUUGGUUGCUGUAUCACUGACCAGUUUUCCUGACCAAAGGUGGUUUGCACUGAGAGCACAGUGAAUAUAUCUCUGGGAGGAAAGAAAAGGGAGAGAAGAGUGCAAGAGAAAGAACAGAUCCAGACAGACAGAAGGCAGGGAUGCUGAUUCUGUUCCACGCUGUGAUCUCCCCACUGCUCUGUGCCAUUCAUGCUGUCCCCCUUGGCCAGGAGAAUGCUGUCAUCAACACUACCGAGAUCACGGAGAUGGUCCUCUUCUCCGCACGGGUUGUCCUUUCCCCCCAGGAGCUCUCAGCCCCCCCCUUGGUCGACAGCCCCAGUGCCCUUGAUGAGUGGUCAGUGUGCAGGAGCGUCAGUACAUGGGUGGCGGACAAACGAACAGCGGUGGACAUCGCUGGCAGAAAUGUAACAGUGCUUCCUACAGUCCAAACUUCUGCUGGCGUGCUCAAGCAGUAUUUUUAUGAGACCAAGUGUCAACCUGCUUGGGCCACCGACAUGAGAGGUUGCUUGGGGGUGGACUCACGCCACUGGAUCUCCAGGUGCAAGACAAAACAGUCAUUUGUGAGGGCCCUCACUCAGGAUUCUGAAGAACGGGUGCACUGGCGCUGGAUCCACAUCGACACAUCUUGCGUCUGUUCCCUGUUCAACCGCACUGGCCAGACGUAGAGAGGAAGAGAAAGGGGGCAGCGGUCUUCCUGGCUCAUUAAGGCCCCCCAAGAGAGAACUAUCAAGAAUAUAAAUAAGCAUGUUCUAUAUAGAUAUAUAUUGAUAAUAAGUUUAGUUUUUUGUAAAAUCAGAUAGCUGUUUAUGUAUGAUCUAGAUGAUCACAGAUGUUUGCAAUUGUAUAUCUAUUAGAUGAUUGUACAAGAUUGCAGUUAGGGUUGUAUUGGAAAACACUUGGAGACUUGGGGGGGGGGAUAUUGGAGAGGUGGGGUUUGGGGAGGGGUCUCAGCACAGUACAAUGCCAUAGAGUCCACCCUUCAAAACAGCCAUUUUCUCCAGAGGGAUAUUUCCAGGCCCCACCUGGAGGCUGGCAACCCUAAUUGCAGUUUAUGCUUUAUGUUUGUGUUUCUGUUAACUGAAAUUUUAGAAAAAGAAAAAAAAAGUGUGUGGAUGAGGGGCAGAUUAAAAAUUCAAAAGCAUGCGACUUGA